AUGUCGCACGGUCUGUGCGCCUGCCUCCUCCCUCUGUCCGUGCGCCCGCACUCUCAAGCCCUUCCCCCAGCGCCCAACCUCUGCGGUUUGCGCCCGCUGACUCCGCCCACCGCCUUGCGGAGGCGGGAUCUGGGGGGACUCGGCGGAGAUUCCCCCAAUCUGCCGUUCGCGGGGGAAGAAUCCGGCGGAGCGGGGCUUUUGGCAGCGCGCGGGGCGUUUUUGCGCGGGAGGGUUGCGCGGAGAGGGCCCGCCCCCGCGCGAUCGCUGGGCGCGCGGGGGAGCGGGGGGGUGCACGGGGGAAUGCGCAGGCGGAAACGACGAGUGUGGACCCGGCGUGGGGAAGAGGAGGAGGCGGAGAAGGGGAGGGGCGGAGGCGGAAGCGAUACGGAUGCGAAUGAUUUGGGUGGGGUGUACUUGCGGAGAGGUGUGGGAAGGGGGAAGGAGGGGGGAGAGAGAGAGAAAGGGAAAGGAGAACGGGAGAGAGGGGAAGUAGUGGAGGGAAAGAGGGGUGGCAUGGGGGGUGCGGGUGGAGGGAGGGAUGGAAAAGAGAGCGAGAAGGAGAGGAGUGAUAGUAAGGAGGAGGGCGCAAGGCACCGGCGUCGCCAUAACGCGCUCGUGGUUGCGAAUGUGAAUGCUCUAGUGGCUCAGCUGCUGUUUGUGUUUCUCAGUGGAGCGGUUUUCGCGAGGCUCACCCAUCCGGUGGAUCCGAUUUUGUGCUCCAAAAUCGCCUGCAUCACCCCUCCCUUACAGCAGCCACAGCAGCAACAGCAGGGUGUGAACGUGCUUGGAGGUGCAGCUGGGGGAUCGGGGCAGUCCCCGCCGGUUCGCUACCCUCCUGCUGCCCGUUCACUCUCCCGCAGCAUCAGCAGUGCCAACUUUGGAGGCAGCGCAGCCUUCGCCGCCUCAAGUAGUUUCCCAGCUGCUGCUGGUACUGCAGUGGCAGGAGGAGGAGGAGCAGAAGGAGGCGGGUUUGGCACGGGUGGUGGUGGGAUGGGGGGCGGGAGGGGGUGUGAGCGCAUGCUGCUGGUGCGGUAUGUGCUGGCGGGGCCACAGCCGUGUGAGCUGGUGGAUGUGAAGGUGGAGCUCACUCUCAAGCACAACACCCUCUCCUGCACCGGCCGUUUCUUUCGCCAAGUGGAUCACCUUAAGCUGGUGCGGUCAGAGGACUCAUACCAGCGCUACGGCAUGACAGUUCGGCACCUGAUUGACGAGUCCAGUCCGUUGUACGGCCGGUCUCGAGAUGACCUCUGCCUCGUCAACGCCCAGCUCAGCCUCGCUGUCGUGAGUCAAGCACAGUCCACAGAUAUUGGCAUGGAGCGCGCGUCCAUGCAGCCAGUGUUCCAUGUGGAGGACUACUUUGUAGCAGACGAAGACGUCAUAUGGAAUGCAGAUUUUGAGGAUAUGGUGUACCGCGAUGACAAGAAUAGACUUCUAGUGGACCACAGGAAGAUCAGCAACUGGGUAGGGAUUGAACUCUGA